AUGAACUGCGGGCCGCCCGACCAGCUGCCGCCGGCGUCGGCGCCGUCGUGCUUCCUCAACCUCAACUGGGACCAGUCCAUGGCCGCCACCACGGCCGGCGACCACCUCGACCCGGCGCUCAGCUCGAUGGUCUCCUCCCCGGCGUCCAACUCGACGGCUGCCGCGGCGACUGACGGCCUCGCUCUCCACGGGAUCUCGCCGCAGCCGCAGUACGGAGGCACUCCGCUCAGCUCGCCCCCCAAGCUCAACCUCUCCAUGAUGGGCCAGUUCCACCACUACCCGCCGCCGCAGGUCGGCGGCGCUGCGCCCGGCGGCUUGCCAAUCCUCGAGAACUUGAUGCCGAUGGGCCAUCUAGACCAGUUCCUCGCCGACCCAGGCUUCGCCGAGCGCGCGGCGAGGCUCUCCGGCUUUGACGGCCGCCCCGGUGGAAGUGGCUAUGGCGGCGCCGUCCCGGGACAGUUUGGCCUCCCGGACGCCGGCCCCAUCGGCGCAUUGAAGGAGCUGGAGCUCGGAAACGGCCGGGACGAGUCAUCGGUGUCCGAUCCGGCGUCCGCCAGCGCGGAGAUGGCGCUCAAGGGGCCUUCCGAUGGCAAUGCAAAGAAACGGAAGGCUAGCGGAAAGGGGAAAGGCAAGGACGGCCCCGGGUCCACCGCCGCCAAGGAUCUCGCGAAGGAGGAAUCCAGUGGGAAGCGGUGCAAAUCGGCGGACGAGAGCAAUGGCGCGGAGGACAACUCCACCAAGGGCAAGGCCGCGCAGAGCAAUAGCGAGAAUGGUGGAAAGAAGCAGGGGAAGGACAGCACAUCGAAGCCUCCCGAGCCGCCCAAGGACUACAUCCAUGUCCGGGCGCGGCGCGGUGAGGCGACAGACAGCCACAGCCUCGCGGAGAGGGUGAGAAGGGAAAAGAUCAGCCAGCGGAUGAAGCUGCUGCAGGAUCUUGUCCCGGGUUGCAAUAAGGUGGUUGGCAAGGCAGUCAUGCUCGAUGAAAUCAUAAACUACGUGCAGUCCUUGCAACGGCAAGUCGAGUUUCUGUCCAUGAAAUUGGCCACUGUGAAUCCCCAGCUGGACUUCAACAACCUUCCUAACCUCCUUCCUAAAGAUAUACACCAGUCCUGUGGCCCGCUGCAGAACUCGCAUUUUCCGCUGGAGACCUCAGGUGCACCGCUGCCAUACCUUAACCAGCCUCACCAGGGGAACCCUCUAGGUUGCAGCCUAACCAAUGGCAUGGACAACCAGAGUUCUAUGCAUCCACUUGACCCGGCAUUUUGCCGGCCAAUGAAUUCGCAACAUCCUUUCCUCAACGGUGUUAGUGAUGCGGCGUCUCAGGUCGGGACCUUCUGGCAAGACGACCUUCAAAGCCUAGUUCACAUGGAUAUCGGGCAAUGUCAGGAGAUCGCUCCUACCUCUUCGAAUAGCUACAACGGUUCAUUGCAAACAGUCCACAUGAAAAUGGAGCUUUGA